UUUUAAUGGCACGUAUCCAACUUCCAACAAAUGGCCUUUUACUGUAUUAAACAUCAAUUAAAAGGAAUAUAUAUUUUUUUUAAAGGGAAACAAACAAAUAACCACAGAAAGCGUAUUCUUUCCUCAAGCAAAAGCGGAUGGUCAUGGAGAGAACAAAAGCAAUCAUACGUGAGGGAAAACCCAAAGUAAACCCAAAAUACAUAAACAAUGAUGAAGUGGGAGUCCAAAAAUACGAAUGGUAAGAAGGAUCCAAACCGGAAUAAAAACGACGUUUACCUAUUCACAAAGAGGUCACCGGCGAUUGAAACGGCGAUGUUGGAUCGUCUUCUUCAAAUGCUUUCUCUCCCGUCGAUUCCUUCCAAGCGCAUUCGCUCGCCGGCUUUUCUUUCGAUAUCGGCUUCAUCUAAACGGUGUCAAGCUUCUUUGGAGUGGUGGAACGCAUUCGUAAAUUACCUCGGUGCAUUCUGCUUCAUCCAAAGAAAUUAUGCAGUAGUGAAAUUUGGUAAAUGUUUUAAUUAAAACAUCAAUUAUUACAAAGCCCACUCGGUCAUGAUUUAGUUGGUAUGUUGAUGUUGCUAUGAUUUUGUUAUUGAUUUGCCGCAGCGUUCUUGUUUGACAUGGUUUUCGGUUGGAAUGCCCUCUAAUCUAGAAAAAAACAUAAGCAACUUUGGUAACAUAGCCAAGAAAAAUAUGAGUGCAAUUUGAGGGAGAUAAGCUUCGAGCAUUGUCUUCAAAGCGGGGAUAUCCACAACUGGUUUUAGGAAUGGGAGAAGCUUCACCAAAUUCUUCAGAGUCGUAAAUGCAGAUAUGAACACAAAUAUAAACGUGACAUGAUUCAUGUAAAAGAGUAUGGCGAGUGAAACAACGUAAUACACCAAGUACUGCCUCAGUUCUCUUUGAAAAUACUUAAUUUUCAAAUCAGGCCAUAGUAGUUGACAGGGUUCAGGAGCAUCGAAAACCGACCAUCUAUCAACCGUUUGCGCAUGUAAACUUUGAGAUGAAAAUGCUGCAACCACCCUAUUUGAAAAAAAUGAUAGCAGCAUUUUGUUGCUUCUGGUUUAGCAGUUGUUUUUGAAGCUGCAUAUACUGCUUUGGCACGAGCAAGCUUCUUCUUAUACCCUUCCAUAUCUUCCCAAAUCUUGUUCACCUUUUUAUUGUCUGUUAUAAUCAUAGAUCUGUAAAAUGCUUCAGGAUAUAUGGUUUCAAAAUAAGAGUCACCCUGUUCCUUCCUAGUCUGACCCUCAGAAAAGGGAGGGAUGUCUCUCACGACAAUCGCAAAAUGUUCAGGAUUCAUAUUAGGAGACUUGAAAGCCUCAUAUU